AAACCUCUGGUGUUUCUGCCAAUUCCUUGGUUAUGUAUUGAGCCAUACACCUAUCCAUCUUGCUGCUAUAAUGCCUAAGAGGGGCUUCCAUGUAGUGCUGAGACAGGCUAUUGGCCGGUAGUUGGACAUGACUGAUGUCCUCUGGGGAUCAGGACUAUCCAGCCUUCAGUUAGCCAUUCUGGGUGUAUCUCAUACAUCAGCAGCUCGUUAAUUUGUGCUGAUGGAGUGUAGUUGGCUUCUGUAGCUUUAGCUUCUGUGAGUCAUUCUGCCACUGUGAUGGUUGUUGUGGUGUGCUCUUAGAUCCUAGCCACUGAGCAUUGUUGUUAUGUGUUGGGUCCUUCACCGGUCUUCUCUUUCAGUGUUGCUCCAUCUCCAGCCUUGGUGGUGCUGUUCUCAUAUUGUUUAUCUCCCAGAGGUUCUAUUGGACGUGGGUCCAGCAAGCAUGGAGACCAGGCAGUGGUAUCCUCCAGGAACUGCCUGCAUAAUCUGGUCACAUGAGUCCGGGCACUGUCAUGCACCAGGUGGAAAGCAGGACCCACUGCACCAGUACAGGGUCUCACAAGGAUUUCAUCCUGAUCUCUAAUAGCAGCAAACUGAGUAACGGCCCCUCCUGCUCUUUAAAGCAACCGACUCUGGUUGUGAAACGAUCCUCACAAUAACUGAUGAUUUAAUUUAGUUUUUUACCCAAAAACAAAGAAAAAAUUCAUUUUUAUGAGGUUUUUAUCAGACUUAAAUUCAAAAUGGAAUAAAAAAUUUGUGUCAAAAUGUUUGAAUUAAGUUUUAAUUAAAAGUGGGGAAAAAUCCACUUCAUAUUAAUUAAGUAUCAAUCAAACCAGAUGGGGACAUUUUUUACCCCUGAGGACCACAGCUGUGAUUAUGUGCUGCCAUUUAAAAUUUAUAAAUGCUUCAAAAGAACUUUCUCACUACAGUUCAACAUACAGCACUCUGUAGUUAGACAAAUAGUCAAAACAAUCUUUUAUUGUCUCGUUUUAUUUUCGCUCAAAAACAAAGUGUACUUUAUGUAAACAAGGUUUGGUGGCCCUAAAAUGUUGGGUAAAUUUUGUGUUAAUGUGUUGGUCUUAAGUAAAACUACGGUGUAACACUGAAUUGAUUGACAAUUUAUACUUUAAAAAACACUCAAAUGAAGUGGGGACAUUUCUGACCCCUGAGGACCACAGCUGUGUGGAAAUCGGGAGGACAUUAUGAGGGUUAAUUGAGCAGAGCAACAUCCCACAAGUUUAACUGAUUAUUAAAAAGUUUUCCUUUAAUUAUAUUUUUUGGAGCAGUGUCUAUACGUGCUCACCCCAGUUUACCACUUUUUACUGCAGAGGAGCUCUCUACAGCGCGUGCUGUGCGUAUCUCUCAGCCUCCCACACAUGCCCGGGCUCCACAGAUGUCACACUACAUGCACCUACAGCGAGUUUUGGCAGACGGAGGUUAGACCACAAAGCCCUGGACCUUCAUUUCUUUGCAUGGAAGUCUUUUAAACUUGACUUUUUAUUUGGUUCAAAUGAGCAAAUGUAAGCAUGCUAACAUGUUAGAAACAGCAGUGGUUUUACAUGAUUGUGCUCGUCAUAACGAAGAAGUGCAGCAAAUUUAAAACAGUUGUUGACCUUUGUUGUCCUUCCUCGGUGUUUUGCAGUCAGCUAACAGACGAGAGAGGAAACCACACACAGGGGCUUUGCAGCAGCUUCUCCGAAUUAAACAGCGCUACUCUUUCUGCCCUGCGCACCAGUCAGGGGCUUUUCCGCCUCUCGCCUAAUCCUGACUGACAUUUUUAGUUUUUAGUGUCAGAGCAGAGAGACUGUGACUGGUCACACGUUGGACGUGGAGAAUGACUGCGUCAGUGUGUUUAAGUCGGUAACUUAACACUAGAUUAACUUUUGGGUGUGAUUAAAUUUAAAAUGUGGUUACUUUAGAUGACCAGUUGAUUCUGGUUCUCUUUCUGUUGGCAGCCCCAACAAGCUUAUGAAAGCUGUCCUUAAACAUUAAAGUGAGGUCAUUUUUCAGAACAAUAAACUAACCAACAGUAAAUAAUGUGCUUAAAACGAGCUCCAUCAAAUAAUCAAUGUAACAUUGUUACAUUGAUUUGAGCCCCUCUACAUGACAUUGUUACCGUAAGUUGCACAGAUAACGUCUUCGAGUCUAACUUGAGAUUAUGUCGUUAGUACUGUGGUAUUUCUAUUUUUGCUGCAGUAAAUAAUAUUCCACUGUGGUUAAUGAGAGGGUGCGGCGGUAAACCAAAGAGUUAAAAGAAAAAAACAGUUUGCAUGAUUAAAGUUUUUUGACGAACUUUCAUACUUCUACAAACUGACCGAGCAUCUGCAGCGUUACUGCGUGAGCUGGGAGAGCUGACAUGAAGACAGUUUAGUGUGAAGUGGACUCACACUCAUUCUAGAAAUCAGCGUGAGGUGAAACAGCGCAUCUCAAACCACUUGCUGCUUCACUUCAUUUCCUCUGAUUGUCUUGUGGUUGAUGUACUGUGAGAGCUCCUGCUGAACACAACACGGGUCAGACAUUUUAUCCAGCACAAGGCGGAUUUUUGAAACUUUAAGUGGGACCGAGCAGAAUAAAUAGUGUCUGGUGUCUGACUGGCAGGUUUAGGCGAGAAGAAUGGACUUGAUCAAAGUUGUCACAGAGCACAGACCAGCCUGAUGUUCUUUUACCAGUUUGUGCCAGAAAACAAACACUGAGCAGAGGACAUGGCGAACUGUUCAGGUGAGCUUUCAGUUGUCUACUCCGUUGUAUACACCCUCAGCGGUCUCCUCUCCUUCACCAUCGUGGUGUUCACAGUGCUGGGAGCCGUGUGCAUCAGAAAAUACCGAUCCGCUCUCAAGACAAUCAGAUUGCUCCGGCAGAACAAGAUGCUGAUGAGUGCUGUGCCUCGGGUAGAGCCUCCCCUCUUACCUGCGAGGCCGAUCCCAGUUGUGGUGGAGGAGGAGGAGGAGCGGGAACUUCCUCCCAAAUCUCCACUCCGACCCAGCACUUCAGCCAGGUCUCCGUCCAAGAAGCUGUGGAAAGGUCUGCAGCAACUGCAGCAGGAUCCUCCUUUCACCAAGUCAGACCUGAACCUUCUGCAGCUGAUCAAAGCAGGAAAGGAGGGCGUCUUCUACCAGGCCAGGAUGACCAGAGGGACGUGUAAAGGCCACAGCAUGUUCACCUGUAAGAUCAGCAAGGAAGGCGUCCGCCUCAAACACGUGGACAUGGAGGUUUCCAUCAUGAGAAAACUGAUGCACCACAAGAACAUCCUCCAGUUACUGGACUGGAACACCACUGCAGAGCCCUACAUUCUGAUCAUGGAGUAUGUGAGCUACGGCACUCUGAGGACCUUCCUGCAGACCAACAGAGCCCACCUGAGUACUGACCCUGAGCUGCAGAGCCUCCUCACCAUUGCCUCCUACCACGUUGCUCUAGCCAUGCAGCACCUGCGCUCCAAAAUGAUUAUUCACUGUGACUUGGCUCUGAGGAAUGUCAUGGUCAACAAGUUUCCCUGGGAGGUGAAAGUGGCCGAGUUUGGUCUCGCCCGAGACUUGACGCGAAUGGCGAGCCGUCGCAGCAGUCGCUGGAGAAACCCACGUCAACGUGUACCCCUGCGCUGGUACCCCCCAGAGUACUUCAAGAACAACUACUACAGCUACAAGGGAGACGUGUGGGCGUUUGGCAUCGUGCUGUGGGAGAUGCAGACAUUUGGUACACUGCCGUAUCCAAACCUGGAGACAUCAGAGCAAGUGGUGUACCACAUCUGUAUGGGUCACAAAAACACAAACCCGGAAGGCUGCAGACCAGAGAUACUUCACAUCAUGCGAGACUGCUGGCAGGAGCCGUACACCCUGAGGCCCUCGUUCACAGACAUCGUCUGCAUGCUGGAGAGCAUCAUGGAAAACGAUGCGGACUACGUGGAUGUGGAGAGUCCAGAGCAGGUGGUGACAGAUGAGGCCGAAAUUCAGGAAAACAAUCGUUUACGAGCAGCGAGUGUCAGUUUGGACACUAAUUUUUAAACGGGUACUUUAAAUCAUGCGUGCAGAUUUCAGGUGGGACGUAUCGUUACACAAGCUUUUAAUUCCUGCUGAAUAAAUGAAAGGAGCAGAAAACUUAUCACAACAGUCAUAAUGUGCAUGUUUGUUCAAAAAGGAUUCUUUUAAAUAUAUACCUGUGGUUUUCAUUUUCUGUAUUUUUAUAUUCUUAUUUUUCAUAUAUAAAAUAUUAGUUUAUAUAUAAAACCAAUUUUUGUGGUAAACAGAAUCAAACUGUGUGAUCACAGUCUGCCGACUGUACGCUGAUGACUGUCACAUUUCAGGACUUUGUUUUUGUGAAUGUAUCCUAACAGGCGCACACUUCAACUUCCUCUGACAACAGACACAAAUACUGACACAUUACCAGCUACACACGGGACCACUGAAGGCUGAAUCAUGCCAGUGUGUGCAGCGACGCAGCCUGAGUAAUACUAAAUGAGAAAAGUUGAGAAUAAUUAUUUGAAAGCAAUACAGAGAGCCUCACUUCAUAAUCAUUCAGUGUGCACUGAUUUGUUACCUGGAGUCUAAUUGUUGUGUUUUCUUUACAAGGAUGUUUCAUAAACUGUUUGCAGAAAAUGUGCAAAAUUCAACAUACGUAAGUUUUUAGAUCACAUUUAUGUUCUCGGCUCAACGUUUGAAGAACCUCUAUGAAACAAGAUGAUCACACGUGUAAAGUCCAACAGGAGGAGCUGUUCAGCAUUCAGCAGUCUGACAUGUCUGAUGUACGUUAUUUAAUAUGUCUGUAUUUUAACAGCAUUUCUUUAUUAAUUUAUUCAAAGCUUUCUCAGUGUUUGCGUUCAUUUGUAUAUUUUAGCUUUUCUGUUUUGCUGUUUUGUAAACCAAUAUAAAAAAAUCCAGUUUUUAAUGUAUUUAUAUAGCAGGGGUCACUUAACAUUGCUACAUCUGAAUAAACUGCAACAGCUGAAUUGCAGACCUUGUCCCUGGUUUUGCUUUUAAGACUCAAACAUAAAGAUAAAUGACAGAACAGAAUUUUAUUAAUGGAAACGUUUGAGACUAACACAAGCAGACAAAGAUUUGUAGGAAGACUUACCUGUGAAGGGGGACGGACCAAAUGCUGUUCUACGUUUGACUCAUCGGCUUGUUUUUGUUAAUAUGCAAAUAAAAUAAAUAUGAUUUUUUUCCUACUACUUCAAAGGUGUAACAACAAGAGGAGCCGUUACUGGGUAGACUAUCGAUAGCAUGUUUUCAUAAGAGAUUACUCACCUCUGUCUUUGUGGCAGAGGUGCAGAAUCAGUCUGAAGGUGCUUCACUACCUGCUCACUAGCUGGUGCAGAGGCUCAGGAUUACCCAGCAGGGUAACAGUUUAGUAAGUGACCAGUUUGCAGUCAGUUUAUCCAAACUCCGAUGCUACUCCCCCCAGACGACCAUAACAAUGCACACUUGCUGCCAGGGCCGUGCAGAGAGGUUUAAAGGGGCGGGUGCUCAAAGUUAAAAAGGGGCACAUUGAAACAGGGUGAAUAACCACAACACACAUUCACCAAGAAUCUAAUAUGGGCAACAAGGCAAAGCAAACGUAGCCGAUGUUUUACCUGAUGGGUACAAUGUUGCUGUUGAGGGGUUGCUGUGGAUAGUACUGGAGGGCAGGGCUGUGUUGAUCUGAGACUGUAGACAGUAAAAAGUCCAUAAGAGAGAUGGUGGCUGAUUAAACAAGUGUCAUGAGAUAAUAACAAAAUGCAAAGAUUGGUGACAGCGCUUGGAACCAUAAGGCAACAAAAA